AUGCUUCACUAUGCCGAUGCAAAGAAGAUAACGGCUGAUGAUAAACCUUUUAUUGAAAAAUAUAUUCUGUCUUGUUUACAUUCUGUUGGUUUUGAUUUACCAACGAUUGGAACAUAUCUGACUCGGCAUGGUUCAGCGUCUGCAAAAUUUCCACAUCGCAUCAUCUAUCGUACUGAAUUAUUACCGUUACUCGGUUAUACAGAAGAUGAUCUACAUUUAUUACGCCAUUUACAUUCACUUGGAUUAACGUUAUUUGAUUUGAAAUAUUUUUUUGAUAUUGAUUUUGAUAUUCAUCAAGCUAAUGACGACGAAACUGAACGUGUCAACGUUGACGAUGCUCCAGAAUCUGAUCCAACAUACAUAGCGGAACAGCUAUGGAAUGAUCUAGAGGAGGAAGCAAAAACGGCCAUACAAACAAAAUAUGACCGAUGGGUGGAAAAAAAAGGACGUACAUGUCAAACUCUAUUGGUUCAGUUAAAAUUUGGCAAUGGUGGUACAGUGUUGGCAGCUCCAAAUGGUCUUAUGGGAACAUUUUGUAAUUUGGGGUAG